CUCGCCUGCCGAGGCCGCAACCCGUACCGCGUACAACCACCAAUCAAUAGCAUGGUUCCCAGAACCACCCCCAACGCUUUGCAAAGCGCCCAAACCCGAGAAAUCAUUGAUCUCACUCAUUCGGAAGACUCAUCGCCUGUGCGAGAUCUAACCCAUCCCACCGGCAAUCAUCACAACAGGGUCAUAAGCAAAGAAGAUAACGACGACAUCUGUCUAAAGAAGAUCCUCGACAUCUUACCCGAUGUCUCUGUAGCACACGUGCUUGACCUUAUCAGCGGCACAUCACGAACUCCUUCGGAUUGCGACCGAAUCAUUUCUCGGUUGUUAGACGAAGGCUCAUACCCAAGGGAGCAAGAUGAUGCUGCCAGGCGUAAGAGGAAACGCGAAAGCGACGAUACUGGUGCAACUCAAGGGCCCGCUUCAACUGCAUCAAUCGAUACAGUAUAUCUACAACGAGCGAAGAAACGGGGCGAACUGAUCGAAUGCUGCUGCUGUUAUGAAGAGUUUCUCAUCAACCGCAUGACCUACUGCAACGGCAACAGGGUUCACUUUUUUUGCCUGGCCUGUGCAAAAACAUAUGUUGAAGGGGAACUAGGUCUUGGACGGUGCAAGCCGCUAUGCUUCGCAGACCCAGACUGUCGUGGCACUUUCUCCCGAGGACAACUGCUGGAAUUUCUGGGGCAGAAGUCAUUCGAUCGGCUUGGCCAUUUGCAGCAGCAACAAGAAGUGGCUGCGGCUGGGCUUGACUUCCUUACUGAGUGCCCAUUCUGCGACUUCAAAGCCGAGUGUCCCCCUGUUUCGGUCGACAGAGAAUUCCGCUGCGAAAAUCCGAAAUGUACCAAGAUCAGCUGUCGGUUGUGUGAGAGGGAGACACACGUACCUUUGACCUGCGAAGAGUUCAAGCAGGAUUCUACAUUGGCCGUGCGGCACCAGGUCGAGGAAGCAAUGUCAGCCGCUUUAAUUCGCCACUGCAACAAAUGUAAACAACCAUUUGUCAAAGAAUACGGCUGCAACAAAAUGACAUGCACUCAUUGUCGCAACGUGCAAUGUUACGUGUGCUCGAAGAACGUCGUCGACUAUCGACACUUCUACCACGGGCAGGACGGUACGGAGGCUACUGCAGCUUGUCCACUGCACGAUAACAUGGAAGCACGCCACGAACAAGAAGUAAAGAAGGCUGCAGACAAGGCUGUGGCCAUAUUGCAAGCUCAAAAUCCCGAGAUCAGCAAACAAGAUCUGGCAAUAAAAGUAUCAGAUCGCGUUAGUCAAACGGAGAGGACCAUGGCAGCAGCAACGGGCCCAAAUCGACCACCCCCUCGUCCACGACCACCAUUUCCACCCUUCCCACCCCAAAUGGACCUCCAGAAUCCAUAUUUUUACCCAUUUCGUUAG